GCCGUGGCGCGGGCGGCGGGCGUCGUGCGGCGCGGUAGCGGUCAUGACGGAGGGCACGUGCCUGCGUCGCCGAGGGGGCCCCUACAAGACGGAGCCCGCCACCGACCUCAGCCGCUGGCGCCUGCGCAGCGAGCGGGGCAGGCAGACGUGGACGUACUUGGCGGGGGAGGAGGACCCCGGCCGCGGGCAGACGGCGCUGGAGGCGCACUCCCUGGGACUGGACCCCGGGAGUUACUCCAGGGACCUGCCCAGAGCCGACACAGCCCGUGGAGGGGCUCUGAACGGGAUGAUGUUUUACGUGGGGCUGCAGGCUGAGGAUGGGCACUGGGCGGGUGAUUAUGGCGGCCCGCUCUUCCUCCUGCCAGGCCUCCUGAUCACGUGCUAUGUGGCCCAGAUCCCUUUGCCAGCGGGAUAUAGAGAAGAGAUGGUGCGGUACCUGCGGUCGGUGCAGCUCCCGGAUGGCGGCUGGGGCCUGCAUGUGGAGGACAAGUCCACGGUGUUUGGGACUGCACUCAACUAUGUGUCUCUGAGAAUUCUGGGUGUCGGGCCUGACGAUCCUGACUUGGUCCGAGCCCGGAACAUUCUUCACAAGAAAGGUGGUGCUGCGGUCAUCCCUUCCUGGGGGAAGUUCUGGCUGGCGGUCCUGAACGUGUACAGCUGGGAGGGCCUCAACACUCUGUUCCCGGAGAUGUGGCUGUUUCCCGACUGGGUCCCUGCCCACCCCUCCACGCUCUGGUGCCACUGCCGACAGGUCUACCUACCCAUGAGCUACUGCUAUGCCACCCGGCUGAGCGCUAAGGAGGACCCGCUGGUCCGGAGCCUCCGCCAGGAGCUGUACGUGGAGGACUACGCCAGCAUCGAGUGGCCGGCACACAGGAGCAGCGUGGCCCCUGAUGAGCUGUACACACCGCACAGCUGGCUGCUCCGCGUGGUGUAUGCACUACUCAACCUGUAUGAACGCCACCACAGCACCAGCCUACGGCAGCGGGCCAUCCAGAAGCUGUAUGAGCACAUCACAGCAGAUGACCGCUUCUCCAAGUGCAUCAGCAUUGGCCCGAUCUCGAAAACCAUCAACAUGCUUGUGCGCUGGUACGUGGAUGGGCCAGCCUCCGCCGCCUUCCAGGAGCACAUCUCUAGGAUUCCUGAUUACCUCUGGCUGGGCCUCGAUGGCAUGAAAAUGCAGGGCACCAACGGCUCGCAGGUGUGGGACACCUCAUUUGCCAUUCAGGCUCUGCUAGAGGCAGGGGCACAACACAGGCCUGAGUUUUCGUCUUCCCUGCAGCAGGCACAUGAGUUUCUCCGGAUCUCACAGGUCCCAGACAGCCCCCCGGACUACCAGAAGUACUACCGCCAGAUGAGCAAGGGAGGCUUUCCCUUCAGCACGCUGGACUGUGGCUGGAUUGUUGCCGACUGCACAGCGGAGGCCUUGAAGUCCAUCCUUCUCCUGCAGGAAAAGUGUCCCUUUGUCAUCAAGCACGUCGCGCGAGAGCGGCUCUAUGAUGCUGUUGCUGUGUUGCUGAACAUGAGAAAUUCUGAUGGAGGGUUUGCCACCUAUGAGACUAAGCGUGGGGGGCACUUGCUGGAGCUGCUGAACCCCUCGGAGGUCUUUGGGGACAUCAUGAUUGACUACACAUAUGUGGAGUGCACCUCGGCCGUGAUGCAGGCACUGAAGCUUUUCCAUGAGCGUUUCCCAGACCACAGGGCCGGGGAGAUCAGGGAGACGCUCAAGCAGGGCCUGGAGUUCUGUCGGCAGAAGCAGCGGGCUGACGGCUCCUGGGAAGGCUCCUGGGGGGUUUGCUUCACCUACGGCACCUGGUUUGGGCUAGAAGCUUUCGCCUGCAUGGGGCAGACUUACCGCAGUGGGGCUGUGUGUGCGGCGGUCUCCCAGGCCUGCGACUUCCUGCUCUCCAGGCAGAUGGUGGAUGGAGGCUGGGGGGAGGAGUUCGAGUCCUGUGAGCAGCGGUGUUAUGUGCAGAGUGCCACGUCCCAGAUCCACAACACGUGCUGGGCCCUGAUGGGGCUGAUGGCUGUCAGGCAUCCCUGCGUAGAGGCCCUGGAGAGAGGAGUCCGGUGUUUGCUUCGGAAACAGCUCCCCAAUGGUGACUGGCCCCAGGUAUGCCAAGGAGAUCUGAGGAGCAAGGCUCCAGCCAACACUGACCUCGAUUUGCAUGACUGUUUUCACACACCUGUGGCAUGCUGGAAAACAUCGCUGGAGUCUUCAACAAGUCCUGUGCCAUCAACUAUACGAGCUACAGGAACGUCUUCCCCAUCUGGGCCCUUGGCCGCUUCUCCCGCCUGUACCCAGAGAGUGCUCUCGCCGGCCACCCUUGAGGGCGCCUGGCAGGUGGGUGGGUGGUGGGCGCAGGUGUCAGGCAAGUUCCCGUUGGAGCAGCUUGGGUGAGCUGCAGGAGCCCUGCCCAGGGGCCCAGUGCCCGUCACCACCCACUUCUGCAGGGCGGGGGCCAGGCCUGGGGCAGGGCUGGGGCUGGUAGCUUUAGAUAGUUGAUUUUCAGGAUAGGUUUAGUUCUUAGAAGAGCUUGCGGCGCUUAGGUGAGGAAAGGAACAAGCUGAGCCGUGACCCUGGAGGAGGCGUGGCAUGUUCUGCAAUACUGGGCAUGGCGCACGUCCUCGUUGUGGGUCUGGGGGCGCUUUCUUGACCAGUACCUGAGUUCUUGGGAGAGGGGGACCGUGCCUUGUCUGUCUCCUGCCAGGUGCUUCCCAGGAGCCAGCUUGGCUGGGCUUGUCCCUGUGUCUUCUGUCUGUGGGGCUGAAGGAUGUGACAGCUUUUCUGAACAGCCCAGAGGGAGGCUGGUCCUCCCUGUUCACCCAGGCACCCAGGGCUCAGGAAGGAACGGGGACCAGACUUGCCAAGUGUCUGUGCCUGCUCCAAGGGGAGCCAGACGUGGCCGCCAGCCCUGCCCUACACCUCAGGCCCACCCAUGCUGCCUCACGGUGCUGCCCGUUGUGGGCGCCAGCGUCCUUCUGUCCUGAGUUGAUAGCCUCUAGUGUCUGGUGCUGACAGAGCGCAGGCGGGAGGCUAAGCACGGUGAGGGACGAGGGCUCGUGAGUGGUUUGGUGGUUAGCACUGUGGGGCACUGCCGUGGGGGGAGGGCAGCAGAGCAGUUCGUGCAGCUGGCUGGGUGGCCUGACGUCCUGGUAUGUGCUCUGAGCCCAAGUGAGGGCCAGAUUUCCAAGGCAAUGCCUCUUCGGUGCUAAACUUCUGAGUUCCCUUCUGGCUCUAAAUCUGUUUGGUUUGAUGUGUGUGGAUUUGGGGCUCAGGCUGAAAAAACCUGGGUUCUGGAUUUGCCUUUGACCUUUGAGAACAAGUGGUUCACAUGCUCAGGGCUUCCCCAGGAGUGUGGCUGUGAGAAGUCACCAGGAGCUUUGAUGAGAAUAAAAGCCAGGCCUGGUGUUGCCCCUAGGCCCUGGCCUGCUUGCCCACCCCAGUGCCCCGCCCACCUGCUGUUCCUCUGUGCCACCUCCUGGACUGGCAGCAGCCCCUGGCUGUGCUUCCUUGGCUGACCAUCCUCCAUCAGACAGCCAGAUGUCUGAGUGCCCCCUGCUGCUGCCAUUCUCUGUCCAGAUCCCUGGAGGACCCUCACUGAGACUUUGCACCAUGUGGCCUUGACCCUGCAGCUCUCGUGGCCUUGAGUGCUGUCCCUGACUCUACCUGGGGCUCACCUGCUUUGGGCCUUGGUCUAGCUGUUCCUCCACUGACCUCCUCUUGCCCCGAGGUGGUGCUUCUGCUCUGAGCCCUGCAGGCCUGGGCUGUGUGUGCACACAGACGGCCUGCCGGCACCACUGGCUGCCGUGCUGUGUGGCACGUAGUGGGUAUUCAGUGGACGUCUGUUGAGUGUCAGCACUUCUUCCCAGACAGUUUAAGUGAGUGUUUAUUUUGGCUGAAGGAACUGUUCAGAUCUCUUUGAAAUCUACUGGGUUUGCUCUUGCACUUCUUUUCUUGGCCCAUGUUUUCCACUCACUGGGGCAGCAGGAACCCAGGUGGUGAUUUACCACAGUCUGCUCCUCGAAGUGGCCACUGCCCCUGGGAAACUCCCAGCCAUGGCCGGAUCACUAGACAGAACAUAAGAAAUGAAAAUCUGCUUUUCUACUGAAAAUGUUGUCACUUCUGUGGCCAGCUACCUUAAUAAACAGACAUGUUUCCCUUAGGCUGAAGCACGUCACACUUGUGUUUGAUCUCAUGUUGGGAAUAGUCACAGAUCUGGAGUUUUCUGAGACUGUCACUUGGGCACCAUGUUGGACAGUGGGCCACCACCUCAUCAGUUCAGGGGAUAAGAGUAACUGCUUCAAGAUGAGCAGGUGUGUCUCCAGUUAUUUGAGGGGAAAUUAUGUGCCUCAGCCUGAUUAAAAAUCAAGUUCUCAUUAAGGAGUCGAUCCCAUUUACAGUUGCACCCAAAACCAUAAGAUACCUAGGAAUAAAUCUAACCAAAGA